GGGCGUGGUAAAAGUCAACAGGCGAAUGCUUAGCGCUAGCUAUGGCUGAAGGUGGGGGAGAGGAAGAAGCCGCCGUACGCUCAACGUCGGCGUUUCUACUGGCGUCUAGCGGCAGUGGGCGACGUGUCAAGUCGCCACCACCUUCCGCGACCCGCGUCCGCCUCCUCCUCACUCGCGAGAGGCUCGAGUGCAGCGAUGAGAAGCAGCAACAAGACCACAAGGCCACCGUGACGUCUGGCUUUCUCCUGGAGGAUCUGGUCGGCGUGGACGUUCGGGGUAGACCUCCCCCCCACGACAAAAACGCCUGCGAGAUGAACGUCCAUUUUUACCCUAAGCAGACCGAGAAGAAAAAGACGAUGAGGAAGAUGAAAGUUCUGAGCGUAUGUUUCGACAAAGCCGAAACUCUCAGCGAGAAUAGGGCAGAGGCUUCCAAGUGGAAGGACGACAUAAAACUCUACAGCCACUACAGACGGAGCCAAGUACUAAAAAUUGAAGACGGUGAGGUGCAAGCUGAUGGGGUGCCGCAGAGACGUCUGCUAGUACUGAUCAACCCAAUCAGUGGACAGGGGAAGGCAGUGCAAGAUUUCCAGGAGCAUGUCCAGCCUCUGUUUGAGCUAGCCGAGAUCACCUUCAAUGCAAUCGUAACAGGUGGGGAACAGCACUCCUACAUCUGUUUUUUCUUACAGUAUAUAUCUUCCAAACAUCAACAAUCAUACAGUAGCAGUAGAACAAAGCAUGUUGUGUUGUCUUAUGUGUGCAGAGAGGCAGAACCAUGCCAGGGAGUUGAUGAAGGAAUACGACUUGUCCACUGUGGACGGUAUUGUGAUUGCGUCUGGAGACGGUCUCCUCUACGAGGUGGUGAAUGGUAUGAUGGAGAGAGAGGACUGGGAACAGGCUCUCAAGACACCCAUUGGGAUGCUGCCCACCGGCUCAGGGAAUGCUCUCUGUGCCUCUACACUCUACGAGGCAGGUGAAGAGUUCAGUCUGGUGAACGCUGCCUUCCAGAUAAUCCAGGGAGGGGUCAUCCCAAUGGACAUCACCACUGUGGAGACUGCCGACAAGCAGACCCUCUACAUGACCAUUCUCAGCGGCUGGGGACUCAUUUCCGACAUUGACAUUGAGUCUGAGAGCCUGAGAAAGAUCGGGGAAACCCGUUUUCUGCUCGGUGCACUCAACUGUAUUCGGAGGAAGCGUGUCUACCGUGGGCGACUGGUGUACCUACCCUGGGACGAAUCCAAGGCUCCGACGCUCCACUACUCUCGAGAGCGUGUCCCGACGCAAGCAACCCUCUCAUCUUCCGUCCCUCCCGGCCCACCUGCACAUCUAGUCACCUCUAGUCUUAAUCCUCAGCUACUCUCGCGGGGUGGUGGGGAACACUGCUCAGCGUUGCCCGGAGGGGACACGAUUGAUGAGGCCCCUAACGAGGAGGGUCCUUCCCCACUGCAGCUUUCGAGCGAGGAGAGCGAGAAAGAGAAAAGCGACGUUUUCGGGGACACUAAAGACGUCGUUCUUGAAGAGUCGAGUAUUCGUUCGCUAACGGGAGGGGCAGAGGGAAGAUGGGGGAUGACGCGACCGUAGAGGAGAAAAAAACCGACAGAUAGAAGACGUGACAAAGGACUGGGAGUUCGUGGCACGAGAGGAGAAACCGGCAGUUAAAAUAGCAGCUGCAGAGCCCAUUCAAAUCACUUCCACCUCGCCGGUGGCUGGAGACCAGGUGCAAACGCCAGCAUCUCUCCGUAGCUACGCCAGCUGCUGGACCCUGCCCAGAUCUCCUCCCCGGAUCACGGAGGACGUCCCUGAACAAUUGGAAAACGAUCGAGGGGGAUUUCUGACCGUCUCGCCGCUAAUAUAACCGCACUUGAGCUCCAAUCUCUCGGGGAUCACACAGGAUGUCUAUUGGACCGGGAAGAAUCCGGAUCAUGUACGUGAGGCGGAUGUCUCGACUGGACAUCUCAGCAUGCUGACAAAGGCAGAGAAAGAGGAACUCACCUGGAAGGCAGAAGCGAGAUAAUCGACGUGAAGGCGUUUCGGUGAGCCGCAGACAGAGGGCGGUAUAUGACUGUGGACGGAGAGGUUGUAAAAGUAUGGACCGAUGCAGGCAAAGUCCACCAGACCUGGCUCGGGUGUUCUGCUGCAAGGGAGUAUAGACCUCGUGCCUUAUUGUACGAUUUACCAACAUCUGUUUACAUGAGUCUAUGCGCAGUGCAGUCUCAGUCUCCAAUCGUGCGCAUGAUCUGAUUUAUGUGCUGUGUAUGAGUUG